AUGGCGGUAAACCGGCUCCGCAACGCACUGGCGGUGCCUCGCAAGGGCGAGACGUACGAGCUUCGCGCUGGUCUGGUGUCGCAAUACGCCUACGAGCGCAAGGAGUCCAUCCAAAAGACUAUCAUGGCUAUGACGUUAGGAAAGGAUGUAUCGGCUCUGUUCCCGGAUGUGCUCAAGAACAUAGCCACUGGGGAUCUGGACCAGAAGAAGCUGGUCUACCUAUACCUCAUGAACUACGCCAAAAGUCAUCCCGACCUCUGUAUUCUGGCAGUCAACACUUUCGUACAAGAUUCAGAAGAUCCAAACCCUCUGGUCAGAGCACUGGCUAUCCGUACUAUGGGAUGUAUCCGAGUCGAUAAGAUGGUGGAUUACAUGGAGGAGCCGCUACGGAAGACAUUACGAGACGAGAGUCCCUACGUUCGCAAGACUGCUGCUUUGUGUGUGGCCAAGCUGUUCGACCUCAACCCGUCCAUGUGCCUGGAGAACGGCUUCUUGGAGACCUUGCAGGAGAUGAUUAGUGAUUCAAAUCCUAUGGUCGUCGCCAACUGUGUCACCGCACUUGCCGAGAUUGGAGAGGCAGCGCCAGAAACUAACGCUUUGAUCGUGACGCCUCAGACACUGAAGAAGCUACUGCUCGCCCUCAACGAGUGCACGGAAUGGGGUCGCAUCACCAUUCUGACCACCCUGGCCGAGUACAGGCCUACCGAGCAAAAGGAAGCCGAGCACAUCUGCGAGCGCGUCGUGCCCCAAUUCCAGCAUGCCAAUCCUAGUGUCGUCCUGGCUGCCGUCAAGUGUGUCUUCUUGCACAUGCAGAACAUCAACCCUGAGCUCGGCAGGACCUAUGCUAAGAAGAUGGCGCCUCCGCUUGUCACUCUCGUAUCAUCCCAGCCCGAAGUCCAAUAUGUCGCUUUGCGUAACAUCGAUCUCCUACUUCAGAAACAGCCUUCGCUCUUGUCGAAGGAGAUGCGCGUCUUCUUCUGCAAAUACAACGACCCGCCGUACCUCAAGUUCCAAAAACUCCAGAUCAUGGUUCGUAUUGCCAACGACUCAAACGUGGAACAGUUGCUUGCCGAAUUGAAAGAGUAUGCUAUGGAAGUCGAUAUGGAUUUCGUCAGGAGAGCCAUCAAAGCCAUUGGUCAGGUUGCCAUUAAGAUUGAGAACGCCUGUGAGAAAGCUGUCAACGUCCUGCUUGAACUUAUCAACACCAAGCAAGCAUACGUUGUGCAAGAAGUCGUGGUUGUGAUUAAGGACAUCUUCAGAAAAUACCCCGGCUAUGAGGGUAUCAUCCCUACAUUGUGUCAAUGUAUCGAUGACUUGGACGAGCCAAAUGCACGUGGAGCCUUAAUCUGGAUCGUCGGUGAAUAUGCCGAGAAGAUUAGCAAUGCUGGCGAUAUUCUGUCUGGCUUUGUUGAUGGUUUCGCAGAAGAAUUUACUCAGACGCAACUCCAAAUCUUGACAGCUGUGGUCAAACUCUUCUUGAAGAAGCCUGAUCAAGCACAAGGACUGGUACAGAAGGUUCUACAGACCGCAACAGUGGAGUGCGAUAACCCGGAUAUUCGUGAUAGAGCAUACGUCUAUUGGCGACUCUUGUCGAGUGACCCUCAGAUCGCAAAGAACAUCGUCCUCGCACAACGACCGGCCAUUACUUCGACAAUCUCGACAUUGCCCAUGCCGCUGCUCGACUCGCUCAUGCCAGACCUUUCAACACUUGCCUCUGUCUACCACAAGCCGCCACAGACUUUCCUCGGCCAAGGUCGCUCCUCCGCAAAUGCUUUGCAACAAGCCGCCAUCGAGGAAGCCGCUCAGAAUGCUCGCGAAAACCCUAUCGCUGCUGCAGCCGCUGCCGCCGCUGUUUCGGGCCAGGUAAGCACCGUCGUGCAAAGCCAUGCCGAGAACUUACUCGACAUCGACUUCGAUGGUGCAGCCCCAGCCAGUAUGCAAAAAGCACCAGCGGGCGGCGCAUCAGGUCUGGAAGGUCUCGCUGGUACGCCUAUGCGUGUUGCCAGCCCAACAGUUAACGAGCCUAUGGGUGGUGGCAUGGAAGAUCUCAUGGGUAUCUUUGGCUCUUCCGGUGGCGCUUCUGCCGCACCUCUUGCAGGCAACUCCGGCUCUGAUGACUUGAUGAACGGAUUUGCGAGCUUGAAUAUGGAGGCUUCACAACCGCCACCACCACAGACCCAACUGCAUGGUGGAGGUGGCAACAAGGCUAAUGAAGACAUUCUCGGCCUGUUUUAG